AUGGUUACCUUCAUCAAGGGUUUAUUUCCUGUAGUUAGCAGAGUAACAAGGGCACCUACUGUAAGAUAUCAGCUUAAUCCACUCAGGACCUUGACUUUAUCCAUACCGAGAUUAAGCAGUGGUGAAGUUGAUUCCGAUCUUGCUCAUCAGUUACAAGAAGAGAUACAGUUUGAGGAAAGCGACAAGAAUGAACCCCCUGCUUUUGUCAAGGAAUUCUUAGAUGCCAACAUAUUUCAGAUUGAAGAUAAAGAGGGUAGUGACAAAGUAACUCUGAAGCGUUCGUUUGGAAACGAAAAAGUAAGCGUGAUAUUUUCAAUUUCUGAUAUCAAUAAGAUCGUAGAAGAAGAAAAGGGAGAAGCAAUACCAGAAGAAGAUGAAUAUGUAGAACUAAAAAAGCCAGAAGACGAAUCAUUUCCGGUAAGAACAACUGUGAUGGUAGAAAAAGAAGACAAGGGUAGCCUUGUCCUCAGUACGAUCGCUCAGGAUGGUUAUUUCCAUAUUCAAGGCAUUCGAUAUUUUAGAAAAGGUGAGAUUGACCAUCACGAUAUCUUUCGACAUGACAUUGGGGAACAGAGACAGGAUCUCUAUAUGGGUCCACUUUUUGAAGAGCUCUCUCAGGGUCUUCAAGCAACAUUUACAGGAUUCUUAGAAGAGCGUGGUGUCAAUGCCGCGUUGGCUACGUUCUUACCAGACUACAUAGAUUACAAAGAACAAAAAGAAUAUGUACGCUGGCUAAAGGAUGUGAAUGAAUUCAUUUCAAAAUAA